AUGGAUUUCCCCACCAUUACAUUCUGCAACGCUAACGGAUACAACAGCAACGUAGUGGAAAACCCCACUGCCAUGAAGGAACUGUUUGUGUCUCUGAACCCGAUUCUCUCCCGUAUGAUAAAGGUAAACAUGUCUUUAGUGUCUCCUUUAAUGAAGACACAGCAAGACAUUCUCUACAGGACCAUGUCCCUCAGGAAAGAGGAUCACAUGCUGAUGGCUCUCUUCCGAGGGAAUGACAUAUACAUCAAUCACCCGUCUGACAAACAGAGUCAUCUUGAUCCCUUGAUCGCUGUGGCCCCCGGGACGACGGCUUACAUCUCCAUGACCAAACACCAGUACAAGUUCCUGCCGAAGCCGUACAAGUCAUUUGGUGAUGACACCUGCAUCGACACCGACAGUCCCACCUUCACUAACCCCCUCAAGUAUGCGUCUUCCUACAGCUUCGACGCCUGCAUAGACGAGUGUCUGAGCCACCACUCCACCACCAACUGCAGGUGUAAGACCUCUUCAGACCCGGACGACCUGCCAUACCCAUACUGCACGUUGGAGGAACUCUUCGGCUGCACAUUUACUUACACCGCGUUGGUAUACUACAACCAGACGUCACAGCGAGAACUCUGCCACUGUCACAAGCCGUGUAGAUUCUUUGUGUACGACACCAAGCUGUCGUACGGUGCAUUCCCCUCCAAUGCCGUCACCGACUACAUGGUUCGGAACAACGUCGUGCCAUCGGCAGAAUAUGCCAGGUUAAGUACACUUCCGUGCAAAAGAAAGUACACACCAAAGUUUGACAGACCAAGGCUUAGUCUCUGA